GCUCAGGGCGAGGCACGAGUGUUUGUCAGUGGCGUGGUGUGGUCAGCGCUACGCUAUCGACCCGGCGACCCGAGUUCCGAUUCCCGCCUGUAGGCCAGCACCAGUGACGACUAUCUGAGUCUGUCCUGGGUCUCCCCUAGGUCGACUCGGCCUCAAACGACUGCCUGGUACGAUGUGACAAACAGUGCCACUAGGGAGACAAUUGCGGUCGAGCGUUGUGCUGGCCACCUCGUGCACUUUGCCAGCCUUCAUAGGUGCUCGCUAACAGCACUUGCCCUAAGUCUGUCACAGGCUAUACGGGGGAUCUUUGUCUCUGUGGGUGACAGCAUGGUUCGACGCCCACUGCAUCAUCACUCAGAUGACACAGAGGGGUGGUUUCCAUAGCGACCUCACACUUAGACGAGGGCGAGGCUCCUCAUUAAUGCGACGCCUCCUCUUCCUCGACUCUCUCAAGUCGCCCUCUGGCCGCGCGGCCGCACAACUCCUCCGCUCCGCAGCGAUGGAUUCCCCGGCUCCGGAAGAAGACUUCUCAUGCUCCAUCUGCCUGGAGUUGUUCAAGGUCCCUCUGAGUUUGAGCUGUGGCCACAGCUUCUGCAAGUCGUGCAUUGAGAGCCACUGGGCAGUGCAGUCAGAGGAGACCGGGUUCUCCUGCCCCGAGUGCCGCCGGGUCUAUUACCGCAAGCCAGAGCUGAGCAAGAACGUGUUCAUAGCCAACAUGAUGGAAAUUCUCACGGAAAUUCCCAUAAGCCCACGCGCGGGGACCAAUAGCCCACGCGCGGGGAUCAAUAGCCCACGCGCGGGGAUCAAUAGCCCACGCGCGGGGAUCAAUAGCCCACGCGGAGGGAGGAGAUGCGAGCCUCACGGGCAGGGCCUGGAACUCUACUGCAGGACGGACGCACAGCUGAUCUGCCCGGGCUGCACGAGCUGCCACAGGAGGCACGACAUCGUCCCGGUGCAGACAGAGCAAGAGGAUAAGUCGGAGGAGCUGAGCUCGAUGAAGCUGCGACUGAGCAAGAGAGAGGGGUCGGAGAUCUCCUUCGUGAACGACCUCGUGGACUCAACCAAGACUGUGGAGGCAGCAGCGGAGCAGAUCAAGUGGAGGCUGAGCAGCAGCUACGACAAGCUCCUGUACCUCGUCUCCGAGGACAAGGCCUCGGCGCUGAGGGCCGUGGACAAAGAGCGCGACCUCAAGCUCUCGGGGAUCCGGCAGGAGAUUGAAAAGAGCCGGGCAACUCUGGGCAGCCUGAGGGAGGCACUGAGCAGAAUCCGCGGCUUGGAGGAGACCGAAGACCCCGUGGAGUUUCUCGAGGGCUGCACUCUACACUGGGAAAGCUUCGCAAGUCUGGAAUGCGAGCAGAUGGAGCCAACCGGGCCCAGCACGUUGCUGGAGUUUGAGACAACGGCUGCUCUGCAGGAGCAGAUAGACGAGCGCCUGCUGUCGUUCAGAACCUCCGCACUUACGAAUCCACCGCAACCCAAACCCACGACUCCUAGAGGAAGACUACCUGCAGUUGCUCGGCACGGCCUCGACAGAGCGAAACUCAUCAGUAGAUAUGGAUGUUCACCGACUUUUGACACGAACUCAGCCCAUAACCUGCUCCAGAUUUCCCCGGAUCUCAGGAUGGUGGCGGUGACCCGCGACUCUCAGCGCCACCCCAAUCACCCCCUCCGGUUUGAGUUCUGUCCACAAGUCCUGUGCUGCGAGAGCUUCUCGUCGGGUCAGCACUACUGGGAGGUGGACCUUGGGAACAAGAGCCAGUGGUGUUGGGUUGGAGCCGCGUACGGGACGAUCCCGCGGAAAGGAGACAAUGCUGCAUGCACCCUGGGAAUGGGCGAUGAGUCUUGGUGCUUAAAGAAAGAUGGCACCCGCUUUUCAGUGAGUCACGGUGGAGUGGAGAUCCCAGUAGAGGUGAGGGAGCCUCUCCGCAGAGUCGGGGUUCUUCUGCACUGGGAAGAGGGGCUCCUGGAGUUUUACCGAGCAGACUCAAUGCAGUCCCUGCACGCAAUUCACUACCGGUUCACUCUGCCUCUCCACCCCGCACUGGGGGUGGGGGGUGAUUCCAUGAGGAUCAUUGAUCUGAGUUGUGAAUCCUGAGGGUAGAGAGCGACAGAAAUCCAAGAAACAGAAUGGAAGUUAGA